AUGGCUGUCAAACCACCCAAAAGAAGAAGCGAAAGGUUAAGCAGACGGAAGUCUACCUUGAUUAAUAAGGCCUACGAGCUGGCAGAGCUUUGCAAUAUUGAUGUAGCCCUUAUUAUCCGUAACCGUCAGACUGGUCGUUACUUUACGUAUAAUUCUGUCGAUCUCGAGUCCUGGCCACCCUCUAAAGAGCAAAUUGCAAGUUACUAG